AUGUUUCUGAUACUAGCCUGUGGAUCCAACGGGAAUUUCCAACUUGGAAACGGGAGUGAUGAGGAUUUGAAUUAUCUACAAAACGUACACUUUGUGGACGAUGUAACUAUUCACGGUAAACCGAUGAAAAUUGCAGGUGGAGGUAACCAUACAUUAAUUUUAUUCGAAGACGGUCAAGUUUACAGCGCUGGUAGCAAUGAGUAUGGCCAACUUGGAAUAGAUCCUGUGAUUAGUAAGUCUUCACCAAGAUUUGCCCCAAUUUUGGGUAAAUGGAAGGAUGUGGCAUGUGGUUGGGAGUUCCUGGUUUUGCUUGAUACUGAAGGCAUCGCAUGGAGUUGUGGUUUAGGGACUAAGGGAGAACUUGGAAUAGGAGAUGGAAUUAGACAAGCAAACAAGCCAACCAAAGUUUCAAUUCCUGAUGGACUAACAUUUGAAAUCGUAAGAUGCGGUGUUUUCCUGACUAUAGCCAGAACACUUAAUGGUCAACUAUAUGGAUGGGGUGUUUGCCGUAAAGGACAAUUAGGAAUACAACCGAAACUCAGUAAUGGAAAACCAAGGGCGUCAAUCUGGUCACCUGAAAAAUUAGAGACACCUUUGGAUUACGUUACAAGGUUUGAAAUGGGCAGAGAGUGCACUUAUAUAGAGGGUAAAGAUAAUUUGGUGUAUCAAUUGGGAACCGAGAUAACAAAAGUUGAAAUGUCACCGCAAAUUCAGCAUGUGGAUCAAAUUGAAACAAUGUGGUCUUCGAUUCAUUUCCGAAGUAGCAAUACGAUUGUAUCACAGGGUAACAAUAGUCACGGUCAAUUACUAAAUGAUACUCCUGAAGAUCCUCUUGUGUGUAUGGCAACUGGUAGUGAACAUGGACUUGUCCUCACUCAACUGAACAAAGUUUAUGCAUGGGGUUGGGGAGAACAUGGCAACUGUGGAAGGCACGAGAAUAAUAAUGAUGAUGAUAGUGAUAAUCAAGAUCCUGUUACCUACUCCAAGUUAAAUCUUAUCUACGAUGAUAUCCAUAAGGUCAUAGCCAUUGGUGGAGGAUGUGCUACAAGUUGGGUUGUCAUUGAGAAAUAA